CUCCAAGUGUCAACAAUGUCCAGAAUGCCAUAGAGCACAUUUAUCCCUUGGUACAAGAGUUUAGUAAAGUGAGAACCCCGGAGGAGAUGGAAGAGUUCCGGCGCAACAGGGCCAAACGUGCAGGCGAAAUCAUAGAUUCCGACACCGACAUCUCUUUAUCAGAAGAAGAUUAUGAAGAUUUGUAAGAUAUCGGCAAUAAAAUAAUGAAAAUUUGAAAACAGUUGUUGUAGUAAAGUGCAUACAGCAUUAAAAAUAAAAAGGAAAAAAGUGUGGCCUUGACCAAGGUUGUACUUGGUGGAGCUUAAUACAGUAAAAGCAUGUUGUUAUGCAUGCAGUGAUUAUCAUGUUAGUCAAGAAAAUGAAAUAAUGUGCAUUAUAAUGUGUUAAAAUAGUGUUACUCUCACAAACUAGGCAUAGCAAACCACUCAAAGUCAACACUGAACAUCAUGCAUAUCAAAGUGGAUGGAAUGUACUGUUACUUGGAAAAGGAGUAAACAUAUCUUGUGUUGAUUGUGUCAUGACAGACUCGAAUACACAACACAGCUCAGCUGAGGUAUUUUGGAAGGAGAGGUGCCUGUUUCUUUACAUGAUGAAGCACAAGGAAAUGUUCAAGUAAUGAAUCUGCUCAAUGCUUUUAGUUUAUCUUUCAUUGCUGUAUCUUUUCUGAUAAGAUUUUCUACCUCUGUCUCCAAACCAAUUGAUUCAUUAAUGAAUUUUCCUUUUUUGGUAGAAUGUUUCACUUGGUGGCUAAAUGGCAAAGUGGUUUUGAGCCCAAAACUGUGUAGAAGCUUGAAUGCUGCAACUGUAAAGUGGGGCUGGCCAGACAAGCUCCAGCCCCUUUGGCUUCUGGCUGCAACUGAGGUAUGCAUAUUAAAGUGACAAGUGGUCAGAAUCGUUUGAUGUAUAGUUUUCUACAAUUUAUACUUUAUGGUAGUCCAGCUUUGUGUCAUGGUGCUUCUAUCUAAAAGAUGGCCUUGAAGCAUGGCAGUGUAAGGCCUUUGUACCAUAACCAUGCAUCCCGUGGAAAAGGGAAAAUGGAAUCAUGGAUUAUAUAUGUGAUAAAAAAGGAAUUAAUUUGCUUUCGUGACAAGAUGGGAAGAGGAAAAAUAAAAAGAAGUAAAAAAAAGAAAAAAUGAAAUGAAAGCCCAAGGAGUUCUGCUUAAAAUUUGGCCUCCUUGCCUAGUCCAAUGCUCUUUGUAUUACCCCACCGACUUGAAGUGUGAGCCAUAGUGUAUUUAACAAAGUACAUUAACCUAUUGAAACUAAAAUGAGUCCUUCACCAUGUGUAGUUACCUCUUGUGCUUAAAGCUGCUGAAAGAGACAAUUUGAAUGUUUUCAGUCGUCGGUAACUACAGCCAGCAGAACUUGCCAAUGUGUGUAGGUGUUGUGGAAGUCUGCAGAAUGCAUGACUUAUAAAAAAAAAAAAGCGCGUUUAGGCUUACGCAUCAAGUAUAAGGGAUGGCCAUGAUCAAAAGUUGUGUCAAAAUGUAUAUGUAUUAACCACAAUAUUAAAGGGAAAAAAAUAGAUUGCCGACGUGAAAGGCUUCUGUGAAGAUCUGUUAUCCUAUACAUUAUAUUUGUUUCAUCACUUUUCAGUUGCAAGUUGUUCAUGGGCAUAUUUAUCCCAGAAACCUUUAUGAGGGCGUACUUUUUUCUCUUUUUUUUCUUUUGUUUUAAAUUUUGAGUUGGUAAUGUAUUUUCCUUUCACUUGAAGGUGCUGUCAACUUUCUAAAAAUGGUUAUGAUAUUUACAUUAAUGUACAGGCUCUUAUUUUAUUUUACUAUUUUGCCAUCUGUUGAAAAAGUUAUUUUUCCAGUUUUUAUGUGAAAUUGAUUGCUGUGAACAUAACAUUAAAAAAAGGAAAUAAUGUCCUGUGUAAAGGUUUUCUGAGCUUAUGUAAUCUUAUUCAUAUGUUCAUUAAUAUUAACAUUAAAUCCAAUAUACCAUUCCCAAAGACAUGCCAAACUAAU